CGAAGUUGUUAUCAUUUUGUUUAUGUUGUGUAACCCUCUUCCUUCUUUGGUUUUUGUACGUGGUUUCAUUUUUUUUGUAUAUUUAUAUUUGGUUUUAUUAAAAAAAAAAAGUGCCCUCGUUACGUUUUGAUCGGCCGAAAACUAAACAAUAAAAAAUUGAAAUGUGACAAGUUUUCCUUCCAAUGCGCUUAUCCGAUAUGGAAAAAAAGGGUGAAGAAGAUGAUAAUUCUAAAAUGGAAACACCAGAUAAAGAAAAUGCAAUUAAUGUGAAUGACUCAGAGGCUGAUUUUAAUAAUGGACAAGAUUACGGUGUUAUGUACUGGAAGCAUCUGUUGAAAGAUGUCAAGUCUUCCUCUAAUGAGGUGUAUGCCAUGUGUUUGAGUACAAGUAAUUUAUCAGCAUGCAAAGAAAUGAUUCUUAAUUAUCAACAACUUACUUAUGACUUCCUGAUUUUGUUAGAGCACCUUGAAAAUAAAGAACAGGGACAUGUUUGUGGGGAACCAAACAGAACAAAAAUAUUAACUUCUAGAAAAGAAGGUGUCAAGAUUGAAAUGGGAAUAAACGAAUCUCAUAAAAGAUUAAAAGUUACCGAAUGUUCGACACAAACAGAACAUCACUUGCAUAGUGAGAAAUCACAAGUAGGAGUCAAUGUUUUAGCUCCAGUUUUUGUACCUUCAUAUCCUUUAGACGGUGAAGAACCGAGAAAAGGCUGUCCUCAUAGUCAGCAUGAUGUCUCUGAAGAGAGUAUGACAAGUUGUCUAUCUCCUUACCUACGUUCGAGUCCUGGAUUACUUUCAUCUCCAUUCACAGAGGCUUCAUUUUCAGAUUAUCAUCCUAGAAGCUUAUGGCACCUUCCAUCUCCUCAGUCGUACACACAGUUUCAACAUUAUCACGUGGGAUCAAAUUUCAUUCCUGGAGCUCCAUUGCCUUUCCCGCCAAUGAGCGGCGUUUUACCAUCUCAUUAUCCACCAACAAAUAUAUAUUCUAGUAAUAUGCACUCUUACCCUGCAGCAUGUCACUACAAUAAUAGCUAUCAAAAUCAAAAUCUGUUACCAUCCUAUCAACCUAACAAUAAUUUAUAUGAAGAAAAACAAAAUGAAAGCACAAAAUGCAUCACUUUAAAAACUAAUAUAAGGAAUUCAAGACACAAAACAAUUGGGGAAAAUAUUAAAAUAAAAAAGCCAGUAAAUAAUCUUUUAUCAACACUGACAAAUGAUAAAAAAUUAAGUAAUGUUAAUUUGGACAGUAUUGAUAACCUCAAAGAGGAUACUAUUAAACGUUCAUCAGUUCAGUCAGGAUUCAAUAAACAGAUGGCUUUGUCUGAACAGACACCUAACACCUGUACUAAUAUGUCUCCGACAAAAGUAAUAAACAGCCAAGAAAGGAAUUCUUCAGACAUGCUCAGUAACUCUUUAAAGACAAAAGAGGCAAAUAACGUUCAAAUCUUUGAGUUAACAGAAGCUGAGCAUCAAAAACAAUUUCCAGAAUUAAGAGCCGAUAACAGUUUAUUAAAGAAACAUAGAAACAAGUUUCCUAAAGUAAAAUAUCAAAAGAAAAACAUAUAUUCCUUUGAUGACUUUACAUCGUACGUUUGUCAAAACCUGGAAAAUCAACAGUGGUUUCUGGAUUCAACACAAAAUGCGCAUAUAAAUGGAAAAACACCACCUGUACCGCCACUGCCACCGCCACCUCGACAUAACAUUAUGCCACGAAACAAAACCCGUUCUGUCGUGGCAGAAAAAAACAGAAUGAAUUCAAAUGGUUCAUCGGGUCCACGUUUUAUGAGAGAGAAUUGCCCACCACGCUUCAGAAAGUCCAUGCAUUUUAAAAGAGAGGGUGGUAGAAGGAACAACCAUGAAAACACAAGGUUAAGAAAAGAAGAGAAUGGCAACAAGUCUAGGAUUCAGAACUAUUGGCAACAAAACCAUUGGGGCAGCAAAAAAAAGUUCCAAGCCGAUACUAUGGAAGAUGGAUGGCAAACUGUGAGGUACAAAACAAGAGAUUAUACAUUGAUGUAUUCUCCAUCAGUCAAUUCACAAGUCAUUGAACCAGUACAUGAUGAGGAAGCAGUUCAAAAACAUAAGGAGUUGAAUGAUGAAAUGGAGAGGAUUUCAAGUAACACGGAUGACCUAAAUAACCCAAAAGACCUAGUUUCCAAUGGUAUAGUUAAUAAUUUGAAUGAUAGUUUGGUCAAAGAUUGUGCACAAACUUCAGAUGAAAAUGAUUUUCAUGAAGCUAACAAGGCAAACCCAGAUAUGACUGCUGUCGACAAAGACUUUGAUAAAGCAGUACAGAUGCAGAUCAAUGACCCAAUGAAACCAAAUAAAAAUGAAGAAGAUAUGAAUAGCAGUAAAAUACUUAAAGAGAUUGACAAUUUUAACCAUCCAGGGCCCAGUCUAUUUGAUUCUACGGCUGCGGAUCUCUCACUCAAUUUAGAUUUAUCUGCUCUAAAUUACCAGGACAAAAUGUUAGAAGGAUAUUCUGAAGAAGAACAUUCAGAGAGCACAGAUACAAAUUCUCCAGGUCAAUUGGUUUUCAGUGAAAACAAUGCAAAGGAUAUGUACUCAGAAUUUAUGGAAUACUUGAGCUGUAUUACUUGGGCCGCCCAAAUGGAUGAAAUUGAGCACUUUGCCACUCUUCUUUCUGUUGAUUCUCCUCAUUCAUUUAUUGACUCAUACUCAUCUCCUUCAAUUGAACAUUUUGAGGAAUUUCUUUUGUGUAAUGCUGAUAGAGCUUUGGAAUUCCGGUCGGAAAUUGCCAACAAGCAUAAACGCUUGAAAGAUACUGAAGAAAAACAGCAGCAGGCUUAUGAAAAAAGACAGCAACUACUUCAAUGUAAAACUGCAAAAGUACGAGAAUUCGUGCAAAAGGUAGAGGAGGUAAGGGCUUCCAAGUAUAAACUAGCUUUACAAAUGAAAUCUCAAAUUGAUCAAAAACUAAAAAAAGCCGAGGAAAACAGAAAAUUACAUCUAAGUAUUAUAAAGAGGAAAGCACACGACGAAGAAGAAAAAUUGAAAGAAAUUGCUUUUAUCAAUGAGCUUGAAGCUCAAAAUAGGCGACACGAUUCUUUGGUCUUAAGACAGGAACAUGAAGAAAGAAUACAAUAUAUAAUUGAAGAACGUCAGAGGAAAGUUGAAGAGAAAGCUGCUAAAGAUGCUGCUGUUGAAGAGCGCAGAAGGGUUAUUGAAGCUGAACGACAGGCCAAACUUCAGGAAAUGAGUGAAAAGCGUAAAAAGAAAGAAGAAAUUAUAGACAGAAAGCAACAAGAAAAGGAAAAAGAGAGACAAGAAAUUGCAAGAGAAAAAGCUCGAGAGCGGGAAGAACGGCUGCUGGCCAGACAGGCAGCUCAGUUAGCGAAUGCUGAAGAGCUGCAAAAGCGCAUUCAACAAAAGCAAGAAGAAAGCGCCAGAAGGCAUGAAGAAAAUAUAGAACUUAUCAGGCAAAAAGCUCUAGAAGUUGGUUUACACAAAACUGCAGAAGACACACUGACCUCAGCCAGUUUAAAAACGGAAGAUCAAAAAGACACGGGAGAGUCACACCAUUAUUCUUACAACGAAUUAAUACCUACUUUUAAAAAGAGAUGCAAAAAAAUUCGCCUGCGAAUGACAGCAAGAGGCACACACUUUGUGCAGUCUAUCGAGUUUGCCAAACCGGAAAGAAAUUGUAAAACCUCGCAUGAACUCAAUGAGCUGGAUGUGCUGGUCUGUUCAACUUUUAAUGACAAAUCAUUUGGAUUAAUAAAUCAAAGGUUAAUGUCCUUGCAUGAAGUUCUAAAACAGGAGGCGUCUAACUCAACCCAUGUCUUUUCAUAUUGUAAAGGAUUUUUAGUAUGCAGCGACUUGAUAAAAAAAGGGUUAGAAGUAGCUGACCAAACAAAGAACUCAUCUGGACUUGUUAAGUCUUUACAAACACUCAUUGUUUUGCUUGAUAUAGUUUGUAAACAAGAUUUUCAAUGUUUGAGAUACCUGAUGUGCAGUAAUGACAUAGCACUGUUUCUCGAUUUAUUACAACUGUCCUUUAUGAAACAAAAACUAAAGAAAAAGCGGGAUGAGUGGAUUUUAUUAGCACGAAUGUUGGCAAAUUUUAUAUUACAAUUGUUCAAUGACAUUAAGAAAUGUCAAGAAGCUGAUCCUGUCGUGUAUUCAGAAUUUGCCAAUAGAAUUCCUGACUUAGUGAGUUACUUUAUCUGCUCUGGUAUUGUUCAUAAUAUCAUAGAUCUACUGCGGGUUGUCGUUAUCGAUGGGCUUGACCAGAUGAACUCCCUCGUAGCUCCAAGCAUUUACAUGUUUUCAGUCCUUCUUGAUAAACAGUUUUAUUCCAACGAUUUACGAACAUUGCUCAAAGCGACAGACUGUCUUGAAACCGUUUACCUCCUGUGCGAAUCACUUCAAAAAAUGUCUGCGACAAAUGCCAAAUAUUUACCGGGAUGUGCUCAUCCUAUAAUUACCAUGCUUUUGAAGUUUGCUAUAAUCGAUAUAACUUUAUUUCAGGAAAUAUUAGGUGCAGAAGGUAUGGCGUUGCAAAUAAGAAGUAUAGCUAGCAUCAUAAUGACAUUUUGCAAUAAAAACCCUCAUCCUGAAUCAUUGAUCUUGGUGAUGAUUCAAUUAAUCGGAUAUUUCUCAAUUGGAAACCCAAAAAAUCAGGCUGUUUUGCAGUCUGGUCAGCAACCGACUGUGCUACAAUUAUUAGUCAGCCUACCGUUUAAAUAUUUUUGCAGCGAUUGCUACAUGGUUUACCUUUUUCCAACAUUGCUUGCAUGCACGCAUGAAAAUCCAGUGAAUAAAGCUAUCGUCGAGUCUGAAUUGAGUUAUUCUACAUUGGAAAAAUUUGGUUCGUCUCAGGAGCCUGGCGUCAGCAAAUUGUUAGAUCUGUUUUACGGGCGAAACGUCGAAUCUAAAUCUACUCGUAAACGAGGAAAGAAAUCAAGAAAAAAUUCUGCUGAUGAGCAGAUCCCAAAAGAUAUAUUAUAAGAAAUUGGUAAGGUUUAUAUUAUGAUCUUCAGUACAUAACGCAAUCAUUAUGACAAAACAUAUGAGAAUAUUAAUUAUUAUAUAUCUUUAAUUGGGAAGAGCUUCCAUAGUUAUUUCUGAAUUAUUACUUAUGGAAGUGAUCUUAGUGUUGAAGAUCUAUAUUUUUAUACGUUUGUAAUAGUUGAAGAACUGAUUUAAAUCUUUAUAUGUGUCUUUGAGUAUCACAUAAAAAUUACUCAAUUAUAUAUUUUUUAUAAAUUCAAUAAAGGUUUUUUGUUUAUGAGAAGAUCAUUUUUAGUAGUAGCAGAAAAAUUUGUCCGAAUUAAAUAACUAUAUUUGUGGAAAUUUGAUUUGUUUUUUUUAUAAUUUCAGUGAGAUUUUAAUUUAUUUAGAAUAAGUUAUGAAUUUAUUGAAUGGUUGUUACUAUUGUAUUCCAAAUGCAUGAUUUAUGUCCAGAAGUAUCAAAUACUGCAAUCUAGGGAAAGGAAAUUUGUUGUAUUUUCAGUUGUUGCGAGAUGAAAGAAAAAACAUUAGCAAUUAUCACAUUUAUCUAGUCAUUAUAUUUAAAAAAAAAUUAGGAUAUGUGUGUAUAAACAUACAUACAUAUACAACACCAAUCAUAUAUUAAGCAAGAACAUGUGUUGUGAGAACAUAGAGCAUAUAAACUAUGUAAAAAAAGCAAAACUUUAAAUUAAUCCAGUUCUACUAAAUUCAUAUAGUAAUUUAUUAAUUACAUUUACUAUUUAUAAAAAAUUAAUUUGUUAGUAUAAAAAUGUUAACGUUUGUUGAUUUUAUUUAAGAUAAUUUAUUUUCACAAGCUUUAAGAAAGUUGGAUCACAUAACAUAAAGUAAUUUGGCAUAAGCUUUAAACAAAGGUUGUAUUUUGUGUGGUGAAGUACACGUGAACUUAGCUUGAUCGUCUCCCUGCCGAUUGUGGAUGGCAAAAUAAGAUUAUGAUCAGAGACCAUUAAGCUACAGAAAUUUGUACAUUUAUUUGAAUUAUAUAAAAAUAUUUUCUAGGCUCUCAUUUUUCGAUUUCAGUAACUAUUAUACAAUAAUAUUAUAUAAUAAUUACAUAACUAAAUGAUUAUUAGUACUAUUACUAAAAGUAAUAAUUAAUUACUAAUCAUAGUAUUAGUAUUAAUUAGUAUUAUUAGUAUUAACACUAUUGAUACAAAUUUUAUUUUUAUAUUUACAGUUGAGUUUCUAAAUUUGACCAUUUUUAAAACAUGAUUGGUUCUAGUUAAAGCCUUUUGAUGGGCCUGUUUGAUGCAAAAAUGUACUAUCAUUAAUUUAAUGUCAAUGAAAGUGAAAUUUAAAUUAUUUCUCAGAAAUUUAUUGCAUUCCAAAUUUUAUUUUAAUUAGACAUUCCAUCACUGGCUCAAAUGUUCUUUCUUUGUUAAUAUUUAUUGCAAAUUUGAAUUUUGAAUUACUUAUCAAAUGUAUUUGUCAAAGUAAAUUAAUUUGUAAAAAUUAUCCAUAUUUGAAAUUAUUUUUCUUAAAAUAAACAAAGCAGAAAUGUAGUUCAGUAGUUUUUAAAUUUGAUUUUUUUUAAUAAAUCAAUUUCAAGCAUUCCAUGAUAGUAAAAGUAUGUUGUCUCAUAGAAUAGUUAAACUCUUUCAGUCAGAAAUUGACAAGAAGCGAAUGGGCCCAAUAAUUGUCUUAAGUGCAACUUUUUAUGUCACCUAUACCUUAAAAGAAUUUUAAUUGCCAGAACAUUUAUGUUCAUGUGAUUUACCCGAAAUAUAUACAGUACCUCUAAAUUUGUUGUAAUUUACGAAACGAUAAGACAAAUGUUAAUAAAUUUGUUUAUUUAAUU